CUCUGACAUUUCCAAGGAGAGUUUUGAGAGAUAAAUUGCUUGAGAUAAUCUAAAUGAUUUAAUUAUAAAAACUAUUUAAAGGUAAAUAGCAAUUUGUUAAAAUAGGAAAUAAUUCAGGUUGCAAAAUAAUUGAUAAUGAAUUUAAUAAUCCGUCUAUUAAUUUGAGAAUCGAUAAUUAUUUAUCAUUAUAAAACUCAGACUUAAAGGCAUUCUAAGAAUAACAUGAACCUCAGUUAUUAACCAUUUCAUUAUAGAAAAAUUGA